AUGGUCUGUGAUACAGUAGUGUAUCACCCCUCCGUGACGAGAUUCGUCAAAUUUCUAGAUGGUUCAGCUGGUAGAGAAAAGAUUCUGAGAUUGCUACAGUAUCUAGCAAGAUUUUUAGCAGUACAGAACUCUUCUAUCUUAGCCAGGCAAUUACAAGUGCAAUUCACCACAGUUAGAAAAUUUUUGAGGUUUUUAAAACCUUUGAACCACUUACAGGCUGCUGCUAAGUUUUACGACAACAAGUUGGCCAGUGACAACGUUGUUAGAAUCUGCAAUGUUUUGAAAAAUAUAUUUUUCGCUGCAUACUUGUCGUUAGACCAGGUCAACCUUUUAAGAAUUUUGAAAGUAAUUCCUGUAACCAUUCUUACCGGUAAGAAAAUACCUCGUUGGUCCAAUUGGUGUUGGCUGUUUGGCCUUCUAAGUGGUCUGGCUAUGGAUCUUCGUAAGAUCCAAACGUCGCAUGCCCAAAUUUCUGCCUUCGUGAAGGCAAAAUCACAAAGCCAAGGUGAUGAGCAUGAGGAUCACAAGAAGGUAUUAGGUAAAGCUUAUCAAGACAGAUACUCUGCGUUAAGAAGACUAUUCUGGGAUGCCGCAGAUUCGUUCAUCGUCCUCAACAACUUGGGGUAUUUGUCCAGUAACGAAGAGUAUGUUGCGCUGUCUGGUGUUGUCACUUCUAUUCUUGGUAUGCAAGACAUGUGGAAAGUUACCUAG